AGGGCACGAUUCACCAGAGGGCAUGAUUUACCAGAGGGCACGAUUCACCAGAGGGCACGAUUCACCAGAGGGCAUGAUUCACCAGAGGGCAUGAUUCACCAGAGGGGAAAGCAAGCCAUAUCACCACUGCCUCCCUUUGCACUCCCAGCGUCACGCAUCUCCGUCCCACACGUCCGGUCCACGUGCACAUCCUCUCGGACCAUUCCUCGCACAUACUCUCAGACCAUUUCUCGCACAUACUCUCAGACCAUUUCUCGCACGCCGUCGCACCAAACGGCCCCACGCUGCUGCAUCUCGCUCCGUCCCGCACUGAAGCAAGGAGACAUGUUUCGGUCGUGGGCUUGAUGCAUCGAGCUGCAGCACCCCAACAUCAACAAUGUCACGGCUGCGAAGCGCAGACGAUUCUAC